GUCAACUUCCUCCUGCCAGUUACCUACAAAACACGUUAUAAUGUCCCACAGGCAGAAGCAUGAGCAAGGCCUUGAGGCCCAAGAAGAGGAGGGCCAGCUCAGGGAGGAGGUGCCUGUAGCUAAGGAGGUGGGAGCCCCAGAUGAGGUACCUGCUGCUGAGGUUUCCCAGGAAACCUGUUCAUCCUCUGCUCCCAUCCAAGCCACUCUGCCAAGCAAAGCAAAUGAAGGUUCUGGCGCUCAAGCAGAGGGAGGUCAAAGCACCUCAAAGGCCUACCUAUACUCCAAGGUCUUGCUCAACACUAAGCUACGGAAGAAGGUGACAGAGUUGGUGAAGUUUCUGAGUUUCAAGUAUACAACAAAGGAGCCUGUCACAGAAGCAGAAAUUCUGAAGAAUGUUGUCAAAGAGUACAAGAACUACUAUGCAUUGAUCUUCAAGCAUGCCUGUGAAUGCAUGGAAGUGGUUUUUGGCAUUGAAGUAAAGGAAGUGGAUGCUCUCAACCACUCCUACGAGCUCCUUAAAAUUCUUGACCUCACCUACGAUGGGCGAAUGAGCGAUGACGAGGGCAUACCCAAGACAGGCCUCCUGGUGCUUAUUCUUGGUGUGAUCUUCAUGGAGGGCAACCGGGCCUCUGAGAAGAAGAUCUGGGAGGUGCUGAAUGUGGUUGGUGUGUACCCUGACCAGCAUGAUUUCAUCUGCGGAAAUCCCAGAAAGUUCAUCACUGAAGAUUUGGUUUCAGAGAAGUACCUGGAAUACCAGCUGGUACCUGGCAGUGAUCCUGUAUGCUAUGAGUUCCUCUGGGGCCCAAGGGCCCAUGCUGAAACCAGCAAGAUGAAAGUCCUGCAGUUUUUCUCCAAGGUUGCUGGGAGUAGCCCCACUUCCUUCACAGCUUUGUAUAAGGAUGCUCUGAAAGAUGAAGAGGAGAGAGCCCGGGCUUUACUUGCCUCCGUAGCCGUUCCAACUACCCCAGACAAUUCAGGUUCUGGGGACAAGCCCAGCAGCUUCUCCUGCCCUGAGUAAAUUCAGGCUGGUUCUUCACACUAUUUAAAGAUAGCAAUCACAUCUUCAAGCAGAAGAGACUUAAGGUUCUUUUUCCUUUUUGUACUGUUUCAUCUGUUUCUCUUUUAAAGGGUUUAUUAGCUUCAGAGUCUAGAUGUAUUAGUUGUAUUGCUCAUUUGUUGCUAUUUGUUUCAGAAUAAGAAUUUUGAUGUUGUGAAAAGGAAGUUGAGAACAUACUUAGCUUUGAGACCUAGCGGAAGAUCAAAUAGCAUUGCAUCUGAAUUUUUCUUAGACAUGUGAAAGACUCCAUUACUAAAGUAGAAUUAAUAAGUACAAGAAAGAUGUAAAAAAUG